AUAAUCACGUUUCUAUAAUGAACAAAUGGAAAGAUGUUAGAAUGACGAUUGUAUAAGAGAGCUUGUAUAGACAGUAAGGUGUAAAAAUGGCUGAUGAUUGAUUGGAUGGUGAUGGCUCCAUAGAUUUUCUCCGCGUGGUAUCGGGGAAGAUCUACACUCGUACGACAAGAGAGAUAACUGUGGCAGAUACGACAUGCCAUUCAUUCAUUGAUUACUGAAGCAGAUCGCUGUACUUCAUACUUACGCAUACACCCGCUGUUAUUUUCAGUGGCAACAGCAAAUAUGGCUCAGGGCGGAAGGAAGGUAGUUAUUGGUGUGGAUGAGAGCGCAUUCUCAGAGCAGGCAUUCAGUUUUUACGUGGAGAAUUUCCACAAGGAUGACGACAUCGUUUAUCUAGUGCAUACUCCAGAACGGUACAACUUCGUGGAUGCAAGCCCUGCUGUUCUCCAUGAACUACUGGAUGAAAUCAAUAAGAAAGUGAGAGGACUGGAGGCCACAUACCAACAGAGGUUACAGUCGGCUGGCGUCAAAUUGGCGAAUUUUGUGACCAGGGAUAACGAUGCAGGAGAAGCGAUUGUUUCAGUGGCUAAGGAGGAGAAAGCUCAACUUAUUGUGACUGGAUGUCGGGGGAUGGGCAAGAUCAGACGUACCUUCCUGGGCAGCGUCAGUGAUUACGUUAUUCACCACGCCCACUGUCCUGUUCUCGUCUGCCGGAAAUAGAAAUGCAAUACACCAUUCCAGAGUUCUCCACAACGGCUCAUAUAUCUACACUAAUCACGAUACCAUAUGUGUUGUGUGAUAGACGCAUUAUCCAAAUUACUUAUAUAUGAUUUUAUUAUCAAUAGAUAUUACUUGGCAAUAGCAGGGUAUUGUGGGAUUAUAUAUUAUCUAACAUUACCAAUUCAUCAGUCUGUGUGGUUUUUAUUUUUAAAUUUUUCAAUUGCAAUAUUGUUGAAAACUAUAUGUUAAUGCCUCAGGAAUUGUGAGAUUCAUACGUGACAAAAAUUAAACCCUUUCUAUUUUAAUCAUUCAAUAUUUUUAAUACAUGUUCGGACACACCAGUGUAACUGUAUAUCCCUGUUUUAAUAAGGCAGUACUACUGUCACACACCAGAUAAUCUAAAAUGCAUGUGUACAGGUGUCUAUUUUUGUUACCUAUUUGAUACUUUUAUUUUUAGUAAUUCAUAUACAUUCUUGUGUUCUAUGUAUCCAGUAAAAAAUUAAACCAUUACAAACUGG